AUGACGUCCAACACUACAUCAUCACGAAUCGCGGAGCUCGCCGGAAUCAUAAGCAAUGCUGUGAGCAAGAUUCAAGGAGUACUCACCGAAAAAGGCCUUCCCCAGCCUUCUUUUGAUGAGGAUUCAAAGUAUGUACUACCGGCAGAAGCGCCUGUAGUAGAAGCCCAGGGUCAAGCUCUUGAUGCCGCCGGGGAGCUUUACGACCUCCUUCUUGAUCCAUUCACGCUGCUUUUCAGGCAUGGCGGGCACAAUAACAUGGUUUGUCAACAAGUCAUUACCCGAUUCAGAAUUGCCGAUCAAGUUCCGCCAGGAGGUCAACGUUCGUUUGGUGAAAUUGCCAAAUCAAUCGACCUCAAUGAGCAGUCAGUGACUCGUGUCCUUCGACAUGCCAUGACCAUGAGGAUCUUUUGUGAGCCCACUCCGGGUAUGGUAGCACAUACCAACAUCUCGAAGCUGCUUCAAACGCGGCAUGUGCAUGACUGGAUGACGGUUGCAAUCGAAGAGAUGUGGCCCGCGGCGAUGAAGACGGUUGAUGCCAUGCAAAAAUGGCCGGGCUCUCAAGAGCCGAAUGAAACGGCCUUCACACUUUCAAACAACACUACUGUAUCCAUCUAUGAUAUGAUGGCCGCAAACCCUCAACGAGCACAACGUUUUGGCGGGGCCAUGGUAGCCUACGCAUCCAGUCCAAGUGUCGACAUUGCUCAUCUCAUCGAUUCUUACGACUGGGCUAGUCUGGGCGACGCGGCACAGGUCAUUGACAUUGGAGGUGGGACUGGUGCGGUGGCCAAGCAGCUCGCCGAGCAGUUUUCUGGUCUGCAGGUAUUGGUGCAAGAUAUUGCCCCAGUGGUGGAUGGUGCCGAGGCCGAUAUUCCAGCAACUCUGAAAGAUCGCGUCAAGUUCAUGGCCCAUGACUUGUUUUCACCACAAGAAAUCUCGGCCGAUGUCUAUGUCUUACGCUGGGUGCUGCAUAACUGGGCCGAUAAAUAUGCCAUCAUGAUCCUCAGGGCGCUCGUUCCAAUACUCAAAUCCGGGAUGAGGAUCCUGAUCAAUGAGAUGUGCAUGCCCGAACCGGGUACUGUGGCACUAUCUCGAGAGAAGGACUUGAGAGCCAUGGACUUGGACAUGGGAGCUGUGUUUAAUUCUCACGAACGAAACAUUGGGCAAUGGCGAAACCUGCUUGCUGAAGCUGAUCCUCGCUUCGAGCUCAGAAGUGUAAUUCAGCCACCGGGGUCGAUCCUGGCUAUCAUUGAAGUUGAUUGGGAUGUGCUCUGCAGUCCACUGGGCAAUCAAUAG